CUAGGGCCCGGGGGCGGGGCUGCAGGCCUCGGGCACCGAGAGCCCAGCAGACGCGACAGAGUGCGGAUCAAAGUCAUGAGCGACCGCGGUGGCGCGGGAGGCUCCCGGCGCCGCAGGGCCGGGUCGCGCCCCUCCAGCCAGGGCGGCGGUGGUCCCCCCGCGGUGGAAGAGGAGGUGCGGGACGUGGGCGCAGGAGGUGAUGCCCCGGGCCCGGACAAGGACAAGGGCGGAGAAGCCAACGUGAACAGUGGCCACUGGGACCUGAGGUGUCAUCGCCUGCAGGAUUCCUUGUUCAGCUCUGACAGUGGUUUCAGCAACUACCGUGGCAUCUUGAAUUGGUGUGUGGUGAUGCUGAUCUUGAGCAAUGCCAGGCUAUUUUUAGAGAACCUAAUCAAGUAUGGCAUCUUGGUGGACCCUAUCCAGGUUGUGUCUCUGUUCCUGAAGAACCCCUACAGCUGGCCUGCCCUGUGCCUGAUCAUUGUGGCCAAUGUCUUUGCUGUGGCUGCCUUCCAGGUGGAGAAGCGCCUGGCAGUGGGUGCCCUCACGGAGCAGGCAGGGCUGCUGCUGCAUGUGGCCAACCUGGCUACCAUUCUCUGCUUCCCAGCGGCUGUAGCCUUCUUGCUUGAGUCCAUCACUCCAGUGGGCUCCGUGGUGGCUUUGCUGGUUUACACCAUCCUCUUCCUCAAGCUCUUUUCCUACCGGGAUGUUAACUUGUGGUGCCGUGAGCGCAGGGCUCAGGUCAAGACCAAAACUGCUCCCACAGGCAAGAAGGCCAAUGGCGGAACUUCCCAGCACACCGUCAGCUACCCUGACAACCUGACCUAUCGUGAUCUCUACUACUUCCUCUUUGCCCCAACUCUGUGCUAUGAGCUCAACUUUCCUCGCUCCCCCCGCAUCCGGAAGCGCUUCCUGUUGCGGAGGCUCCUUGAGAUGCUCUUCUUUACCCAGCUUCUGGUGGGGCUGAUACAGCAGUGGAUGGUCCCCACCAUUCAGAACUCCAUGAAGCCCUUCAAGGACAUGGACUAUUCUCGCAUCAUUGAACGUCUCCUGAAGCUGGCAAUCCCUAACCACCUCAUCUGGCUCAUCUUCUUCUACUGGCUCUUCCAUUCCUGCUUGAACGCCGUGGCUGAGCUCAUGCAGUUUGGAGACCGAGAGUUCUAUCGGGACUGGUGGAACUCGGAGUCUGUCACCUACUUCUGGCAGAACUGGAACAUCCCAGUGCACAAGUGGUGCUUCAGACACUUCUACAAGCCCAUGCUCCGCCGGGGCAGCAGCAAGUGGGUGGCAAGGACGGGUGUGUUCCUAGCCUCAGCUUUCUUCCAUGAGUACCUGGUGAGCAUCCCACUGCGAAUGUUCCGCCUCUGGGCCUUCACUGGCAUGAUGGCACAGAUCCCGCUGGCCUGGAUUGUGAGCCGCUUCUUUCGGGGCAACUAUGGCAACGCAGCUGUGUGGCUGACACUCAUCAUUGGGCAGCCAGUGGCUGUGCUCAUGUACGUCCAUGACUACUACGUACUCAACUAUGAGGCUGAGGCUGCUGAGGCCUAAGCUGCCCCCUCCCCUCUGGGGAGGCCUCUCUGCCCCUAUGGGGCUCCCUCAGGAAUGGCCAACUGGGCACAGGCCAGCAUCCUGGAAUCCUGGCUGAGCCUUGUCCAAGAUGCAGAAGCGUCAAUAAAGUGCUAUCCAGAGUGA